AUGAGGUGUGGGGCAGCGCGGGGCGGGGCGGGGCGCCUAGGGGCGGUGCAGCUGCAGGAAGCGGUGCAGGGUGUGGGGCAGGGCGGGGAGGGGCGGGGCCGGGCGCCUAGAGGGGCGCUGCGUGUGGGGCGGGGCGGGGCCGGGCGCCUAGGGGCGGUGCAGCUGCAGGAAGCGGUGCAGGGUGUGGGGCAGGGCGGGGCGGGGCGCCUAGGGGCGGUGCAGCUGCAGGAAGCGGUGCAGGGUGUGGGGCAGGGCGGGGCGGGCCGGGGCGGGGCGGGGCGCCUAGGGCCGGUGCAGCUGCAGGAAGCGGUGCAGGGUGUGGGGCAGGGCGGGGCGGGGCGCCUAGGGCCGGUGCAGCUGCAGGAAGCGGUGCAGGGUGUGGGGCAGGGCGGGGCGGGGCGCCUAGGGGCGGUGCAGCUGCAGGAAGCGGUGCAGGGUGUGGGGCAGGGCGGGGCGGGGCGGGGCGCCUAG